UCAGACAUAUACUAUGACACAGAGUAACUCAGUGAGAUUUGGAGUGAAACAUAUCCUGAUGGUUUGAGUUGAUCACUGAGGCAAAACAUCAAAAGCAAAAGACUGUUCCAUCAUUCCAUGAUAUUCCAUUUCUAUAUUCUCAAACUCAAACGACCCUCAAUAAUAACUACUCUCACAAAAAACACCCACUUUUCUUCACUCUUUUCCACUUUCAACACUUGCUCUCACAGUUGCAACCUUCUGCAACUCUGCACCCUUUGCCACACCCUUUCCCAAAUCAAGCAAGUUCACGCCUUUGGCAUUCUCCAUGGCUUCCUUCCCCGCAGUGUCUCCCUCUGUGCCUCUCUCAUUCUCCAAUAUGCCUCCUUUGGCCACCCCUCUGCCUCCCUUCUUCUCUUCCAACACACUGUUCCAUAUUCCCGCACUGCCUUCUUGUGGAACACUCUUAUCCGUGCCAAUUCCAUUGCUCGUGUCUUUGAUGGAUUCACCACCUAUAACACCAUGCUUCGUGCUGGUGUUAAGCCUGAUGAGUGCACCUACCCUUUUGUCCUAAAGGAGUGUUCUGAUUUUGGGGAGGUUCACAAGGGUAGGGAGGUUCAUGGGGUUGUGUUUAAGUUUGGUUUUGAUGGGGAUGUCUUUGUUGGGAAUACCCUUUUGGCCUUUUAUGGUAAUUGUGGCCUUUUUUCUGACGCAAUGAAGGUGUUUGAUGAAAUGCCUGAAAGGGAUAAGGUGUCGUGGAAUACCAUUAUUGGCUUGUGGUCUCUCCAUGGGUUUUAUAAGGAGGCUCUAGGGUCUUUUAGAGCCAUGGUUGCGGCUGUGCCGGAGAUUCAACCAGAUUUGGUUACUGUUGUUAGUGUGUUGCCGGUGUGUGCAGAAACUGAGGACGAGGUGAUGGCGGGAAUUGUGCACUGUUAUGCUUUGAAGGUUGGCUUGUUAGGCCAUGUAAAGGUUGGAAAUGCGUUGGUUGAUGUUUAUGGGAAAUGUGGGAGUGAGAAGGCUUCCAAGAAAGUUUUUGAUGAAAUUGAUGAGAGAAAUGUGGUUUCCUGGAAUUCUAUUAUUACUAGUUUUUCUUUUAGAGGGAAAUAUAUGGAUGCUUUGGAUGUAUUUAGGUUGAUGAUUGGUACUGGAAUGAGACCAAACUCUGUCACCAUUUCUAGUAUGCUACCUGUAUUAGGAGAAUUAGGACUUUUCAAAUGGGGAAUGGAAAUCCAUGGGUUUAGUUUAAGGAUGGCUAUUGAGUCUGAUAUUUUUAUUGCUAACUCGUUGAUAGAUAUAUACGCGAAAUCAGGAUCUUCGAGAAUAGCAUCCAUCAUAUUUAAUAAAAUGGAAGGCAGAAGCAUAGUAUCUUGGAAUGCUAUGAUUGCAAAUUUUGCUCAGAACAGGCUUGAGUUUGAAGCUGUAGAACUAGUGAGGCAAAUGCAAGCAAAGGGAGAAACCCCCAACAAUGUUACCUUCACAAAUGUUCUUCCAGCUUGUGCAAGAUUAGGUUUCCUGAAUGUUGGAAAAGAAAUUCAUGCCAGGAUUAUUCGGGUUGGAUCUUCUCGUGAUUUGUUUGUCUCUAAUGCUCUGACAGACAUGUAUUCAAAAUGUGGAUGCUUAAACCUCGCUCAAAAUGUCUUUAAUAUUUCUGUCAGGGACGAAGUUUCCUACAAUAUACUAAUUAUAGGCUAUUCUCGAACAAAUGACUGCUCAGAGUCUAUAAGUUUAUUUUCAGAAAUGAUACUCUUGGGCAUGUUGCCUGAUAUUGUUUCAUUCAUGGGUGUUAUAUCAGCUUGUGCAAAUCUAGCUUCCAUAAGACAAGGCAAAGAGGUCCAUGGUCUCCUCAUGAGAAAGCUUUUCCACACUCAUCUUUUUGUGGCAAACUCACUCUUGGAUCUUUAUACCAGGUGUGGACGAAUAGAUCUUGCUACUAAGGUCUUUGAUCGUAUUCAAAACAAGGAUGUGGCCUCUUGGAAUACAAUGAUUUUGGGCUAUGGUAUGCUGGGUGAGUUGGAAACUGCAAUCAACCUUUUUGAAGCAAUGAAGGAAGACGGCGUGGAAUAUGAUUCAGUUUCAUUUAUUGCGGUUUUGUCUGCAUGUAGCCAUGGAGGGCUAAUUGAGAAGGGAAGGAAAUACUUUAAGAUGAUGCAUGAUCUUAAUAUAGAACCCGCACAUACACAUUAUGCUUGUAUGGUUGAUCUCCUUGGAAGGGCUGGUCUAAUGAGAGAAGCUGCAGACCUUAUUAGAGGCCUCUCUAUUGUACCAGAUACUAAUAUAUGGGGUGCGCUGCUCGGAGCAUGCCGGAUUCAUGGGAACAUAGAAUUGGGUCACUGGGCAGCUGAACAUUUGUUUAAAUUAAAGCCCCAGCACAGUGGAUACUAUAUACUCCUUUCAAAUAUGUAUGCAGAAGCUGAAAGAUGGGACGAGGCAAACAAGGUUAGGGAAUUGAUGAAGUCAAGGGGGGCCAAGAAAAAUCCUGGUUGCAGUUGGGUUCAAACUGGAGAUCAGGUGCAUGCAUUUCUUGUUGGUGAGAAAAUAGAUAGCCUGGAUGAUGACUUUUGGAAAUCAUAUAUUUGUUAAUUUGUUUUGUAGGAAAAGUCUGAGGGUAUUGUCCUUCAAUGAAAUUGUUGAGGUUGCUGGACUAAUAUCUAAAGGAUUAUACUGUUUAAAGGCAUUUUGCUGGUUGCAUAAGCAAAUUGAAUUUUGGUUUUCCUUCCUUCACAGUUUAACUACAGUCCCUAUUUAUUAUAAGUUUGUAUGUUGUACAGUCAGGUAAUGUGAUGAAAUUUUUUAGGAUUUGAGAUAAUGAAAGUUUCUCUGGAAGUUUGUGUUUGA